UCCAUCAGCAAGCACACACAGCUCAGCCCAACAGAUGCUUUUGGAACCAUUGAAUUCCAAGGCGGUGGCCAUUCCAACAAAGCCAUGUAUGUGCGAGUGUCUUUCGAUACAAAACCUGAUCUCCUCUUACACCUGAUGACCAAGGAAUGGCAGCUGGAGCUUCCCAAGCUUCUCAUCUCUGUCCAUGGAGGCCUGCAGAACUUUGAACUCCAACCAAAACUCAAGCAAGUCUUUGGGAAAGGUCUUAUCAAAGCAGCCAUGACAACCGGAGCGUGGAUAUUCACUGGAGGGGUUAACACAGGUGUAAUUCGUCAUGUUGGGGAUGCCUUGAAGGACCAUGCAUCGAAGUCUCGAGGGAAGAUAUGUACCAUAGGUAUCGCCCCCUGGGGCAUCGUGGAAAACCAGGAGGACUUGAUUGGAAGAGAUGUUGUCCGGCCCUACCAGACCAUGUCCAAUCCCAUGAGCAAGCUCACGGUCCUCAACAGCAUGCAUUCCCACUUCAUUCUGGCAGACAACGGGACCACCGGGAAAUACGGAGCAGAGGUGAAACUUAGGAGACAACUGGAAAAGCAUAUUUCACUCCAAAAGAUAAACACAAGAUGCCUGCCGUUUUUCUCUCUUGAUUCCCGCUUGUUUUAUUCAUUUUGGGGUAGUUGCCAAUUAGACCAAAUUGGAAUUGGUCAAGGUGUUCCAGUGGUGGCGCUCAUUGUGGAAGGAGGACCCAAUGUGAUCUCAAUUGUCUUGGAGUACCUUCGAGACACCCCUCCCGUGCCGGUCGUUGUCUGUGAUGGGAGUGGACGGGCAUCCGACAUCCUGGCAUUUGGGCAUAAAUACUCAGAAGAAGGCGGACUUAUAAAUGAAUCUUUGCGGGACCAGCUGUUGGUGACCAUCCAGAAGACUUUCACAUACACUCGAACCCAGGCCCAGCAUCUGUUCAUCAUCCUCAUGGAGUGCAUGAAGAAGAAGGAACUGAUUACGGUAUUUCGGAUGGGAUCAGAAGGACACCAGGACAUAGAUUUAGCUAUCCUGACAGCUUUGCUCAAAGGAGCCAACGCCUCUGCCCCAGACCAGCUGAGCUUGGCCUUAGCAUGGAACAGAGUCGACAUCGCUCGCAGCCAGAUCUUUAUUUACGGGCAACAGUGGCCGGUGGGGUCCCUGGAACAAGCCAUGUUGGAUGCCCUAGUUCUGGAUAGAGUGGAUUUUGUGAAAUUACUCAUAGAGAAUGGAGUAAGCAUGCACCGUUUUCUCACCAUCUCCAGACUAGAAGAAUUGUACAAUACGAGACAUGGGCCCUCAAACACAUUGUACCACUUGGUCAGGGAUGUCAAAAAGGGGAACCUGCCCCCAGACUACAGAAUCAGCCUGAUCGACAUCGGCCUGGUGAUCGAGUACCUGAUGGGCGGCGCCUAUCGCUGCAACUACACGCGCAAGCGCUUCCGGACGCUCUACCACAACCUCUUCGGGCCCAAGAGGCCCAAAGCCUUGAAACUACUGGGGAUGGAGGACGAUGUUCCCUUGAGGCGAGGAAGAAAGACAACCAAGAAGCGGGAAGAAGAGGUGGACAUCGACUUGGACGAUCCAGAGAUCAACCACUUCCCUUUCCCUUUCCAUGAGCUGAUGGUGUGGGCCGUCCUGAUGAAGCGGCAGAAGAUGGCCUUGUUCUUCUGGCAGCAUGGCGAGGAGGCCAUGGCCAAGGCCCUGGUGGCCUGUAAGCUCUGCAAAGCCAUGGCUCAUGAGGCUUCUGAGAACGAUAUGGUGGAUGACAUCUCCCAGGAGCUGAACCACAACUCCAGGGACUUCGGCCAGCUGGCCGUGGAACUCCUGGACCAGUCCUACAAGCAGGACGAGCAGCUGGCCAUGAAACUGCUGACGUAUGAGCUAAAGAACUGGAGCAAUGCCACGUGCCUGCAGCUGGCUGUGGCUGCCAAGCACCGCGACUUCAUCGCACACACGUGCAGCCAGAUGUUGCUCACAGACAUGUGGAUGGGCCGGCUCCGGAUGCGGAAAAACUCGGGCCUCAAGGUAAUUCUGGGAAUUCUACUUCCUCCUUCAAUUCUCAGCUUGGAGUUCAAGAACAAAGACGACAUGCCCUAUAUGACUCAGGCCCAGGAAAUCCAUCUCCAAGAGAAGGAGCCAGAAGAACCAGAAAAGCCCACAAAAGAAAAAGACGAAGAAGAUAUGGAACUGACAGCAAUGCUGGGACGAAACCAUGGAGAAUCUUCCAGGAAGAAGGAUGAAGAAGAAGUUCAGAGCAGGCACCGGUUAAUCCCCUUGGGCAGAAAAAUCUAUGAAUUCUACAAUGCACCCAUCGUGAAGUUCUGGUUCUACACUCUGGCGUACAUCGGAUACCUGAUGCUCUUCAACUAUAUCGUGUUAGUGAAGAUGGAGCGCUGGCCUUCCACCCAGGAAUGGAUCGUCAUUUCCUACAUUUUCACCCUGGGGAUAGAAAAGAUGAGAGAGAUUCUGAUGUCAGAGCCAGGGAAGUUACUGCAGAAAGUGAAGGUCUGGCUGCAGGAGUACUGGAAUGUCACGGACCUCAUAGCCAUCCUUCUGUUCUCUGUGGGGAUGAUCCUUCGUCUCCAAGACCAGCCCUUCAGGAGUGAUGGCAGGGUCAUCUAUUGUGUGAACAUCAUUUACUGGUACAUCCGUCUAUUAGACAUCUUCGGCGUGAACAAGUACUUGGGCCCUUAUGUAAUGAUGAUUGGAAAAAUGAUGAUAGACAUGAUGUACUUUGUCAUCAUUAUGCUGGUGGUGCUGAUGAGUUUUGGGGUUGCCAGGCAAGCCAUUCUCUUUCCCAAUGAGGAGCCAUCAUGGAAAUUGGCCAAGAACAUCUUCUACAUGCCCUAUUGGAUGAUUUAUGGGGAAGUGUUUGCAGACCAGAUAGACCCUCCCUGUGGACAGAAUGAGACCCGAGAGGAUGGUAAAAUAAUUCAGCUGCCUCCAUGCAAGACAGGAGCCUGGAUUGUGCCAGCCAUUAUGGCCUGCUACCUCUUAGUAGCGAACAUCCUGCUGGUCAACCUCCUCAUCGCUGUCUUUAACAACACAUUUUUUGAGGUAAAAUCAAUAUCCAACCAAGUGUGGAAGUUUCAGAGGUAUCAGCUCAUUAUGACUUUCCAUGAAAGGCCAGUUCUGCCUCCACCUCUGAUCAUCUUCAGCCACAUGACCAUGAUAUUCCAGCACCUGUGUUGCCGAUGGAGAAAACACGAGAGUGACCCAGAUGAAAGGGACUACGGCCUGAAGCUGUUCAUAACUGAUGAUGAGCUCAAGAAAGUACAUGAUUUUGAAGAACAGUGUAUAGAGGAAUAUUUCAGGGAAAAGGAUGAUCGCUUCAACUCGUCCAAUGAUGAGAGGAUACGGGUGACUUCAGAAAGGGUGGAGAACAUGUCCAUGCGACUGGAGGAAGUCAACGAGAGAGAGCACUGCAUGAAGGCUUCACUCCAGACUGUGGAUAUCAGGCUGGCGCAGCUAGAGGACCUCAUUGGGCGCAUGGCCACUGCCCUGGAGCGUCUGACCGGUCUGGAGCGGGCCGAGUCCAACAAAAUUCGUUCUCGGACCUCCUCGGACUGCACAGAUGCAGCCUACAUCGUCCGUCAGAGCAGCUUCAACAGCCAGGAGGGGAACACCUUCAAGCUCCAAGAGAGUAUAGACCCUGCAGGUGAGGAGACCAUGUCCCCAACUUCUCCAACCCUAGUGCCCCGUAUGCGAAGCCAUUCUUUCUAUUCAGUCAAUAUGAAAGACAAAGGUGGUAUAGAAAAGUUGGAAAGUCUUUUUAAAGAAAGGUCCCUGAGCCUACACCGGGCUACUAGUUCCCACUCUAUAGCAAAGGAAGCCAAAGCUCCUGCAGCCCCUGCCAACACGUUGGCCAUUGUUCCUGAUUCCAGAAGACCAUCGUCAUGUAUAGACAUCUACGUCUCUGCCAUGGAUGAGCUGCACUGUGAUAUAGAGCCUCUGGACAAUUCCGUGAACAUCCUUGGGCUGGGCGAACCAAGCUUUUUGGCUCAAGUACCUUCCACAGCUCCCUCGAGUAGUGCCUAUGCAACUCUCGCACCCACGGACAGACCUCCAAGCCGGAGCAUUGAUUUUGAGGACAUCACCUCCAUGGACACUAGAUCUUUCUCUUCAGACUACACCCACCUCCCAGAGUGCCAAAACCCGUGGGACACUGACCCUCCAAUGUACCACACCAUCGAGCGUUCCAAAAGUAGCCGCUACCUAGCCACCACACCCUUUCUCCUAGAAGAGGCCCCCAUUGUGAAAUCGCAUAGCUUUAUGUUUUCUCCUUCAAGGAGCUACUACGCCAACUUUGGGGUGCCCAUGAAAACAGCAGAAUACACAAGUAUUACAGACUGUAUUGAUACAAGGUGUGUCAAUGCCCCUCAAGCAAUUGCUGACAGAGCCACCUUCCCUGGAGGCCUCGGAGGCAAAGUGGAGGACGCAUCUUGCUGCCAUCCUGAGCGAGAAGCAGAACUGAGUCACCCCAGCUCUGACACUGAGGAGAAUGAGGCCAAAGGCCGGAGAGCUGCCCUCGAGAUACCCUCCCAGGAGGGCAAUAACUCAGACAGAACCCUUUCCAACAACAUCACAAUCCCCAAAAUAGAGCGCGCCAACAGCUAUUCUGCGGAGGAGCCAAGUGCGCCGUAUGCACACACCAAGAAGAGCUUUUCCAUCAGUGACAAACUCGACAGGCAGAGGAACACAGCAAGCCUGCGAAAUCCCUUCCAGAGGAGUAAGUCCUCCAAGCCAGAAGGCCGAGGGGACAGCCUGUCCAUGAGGAGACUGUCCAGAACCUCGGCUUUCCACAGCUUUGAAAGCAAGCACAACUAAACCUCCUAGUAAGCAUUGCAGGAGGCUCAGAAUCCAGCCCUAAAAUUCUCCCCAAACUCUACCUGCUCCCAUUCCUUGAAGUAUACCUGCUUUAUUUUUAGUUGAACAAAGAAAGCAAUGCCUUGGGAGGUGUUCACUCAAAGUUGACUUCUGGGCCACAGAUCAAGAAGGUGUUUGAUCUGGCUUAGUGCCAAACACAGGGGAUGUAAGUCAUGCUCACACUUGAUGGGUAGGGAGGGGAAAGAGAGGAAGAAGAAGGGUUGAGAUGAAUGUAUAUCACUAGUCGCUUCAGAAAGCGUUCAGCUCUGGGCAUGAAGGGGCUUCAUGCAUUCUCCACGCCAGGAGGAGUCUUUCGAUUUCUGACCAUUAUCACGAGUUUUAGGAAGCAGGGCUAACUUGCAAAAUAAAAUAAAAUAAAGUAGCCAGCAUACAAAUGAGAUAUUCUAAACUUCAAUUCUGUUUUCUUUUCACAUUGGCUCCAUCACUGGUGACUGAUGAAGAGCAUCCUUUUUAUUCAGUAUAAGCCGGCAGCAAGCAGUUCUACCUAACGUCCCACAUCCUUCUCAUGCCAACACUUCUGUAAUUGAUCAGUAUAAAGAAAGAACAAGGUAACAGUCAUAGUUCACCUGUCUCACAUAUUCACUUCUGGUGCCACAACUGUUCAUCUUUUUUGAAGAAAAUGAAAGAAAAGAAAUGCCUUUUUGUAUAUUGCAAGUGAAAUGAAAGAAUUGAUGUUAAAAGCAAAUGUCACGUGGCCUAUUAUAUACAGUGGGCAUCCAAGUAUAGUUGAGGAAGCUCAGGAUGAAUGUAACUAAAUAAUUUUAUAUUUUUAAUUUAUUUUGUAUCUCACUUGUCAUCAAUGAAUUCACUCACUGAGUAUGUAAUUGUGAACUAACAACAAAAAAAAGAGAGCAGGCAUAACUCCCCUAAAAUUGCCAUAUGGGACAUCUCACCAGUCAUGUCGUGUGUGAUGCCGCUGUGUGACCUUCCUCAUGUGCAUGACCUCACCUUGUCUUCUGAACAUCUCCAAGACGUAACCACCGAUUUUUUCACACCACUCACCGCAGGGCCAUUUUAUAUGUGGAUAUCUGGUGGAUAUUUUCAUACCUAGAGUUUUGCCAUUUAAUCUGAGCUAAGCAUAAAUUUAAUUGGAGUUUUUCAAGGGCUGGUAUCUUUUUUAUGGAAAUGUUCCAAAGUACUUUUUAAGGAAGUUUUGAAAUCAUAAAUAACCUUAGCAUUGACUGGGAGUUUGGUGUCAACCCAAAGCCCUCAUUGCAGGCACGCCAUGAGUAUUUUUCCUGUACACAGAGCUAUUAAAAAAGAUAUAGUACACUACAGUAAAAAGAAAAUAAACCAUGUGAGGAGUUCUAUAGUGUAUGCUGCUUAUAUACAUAUAUAUGCAUUUAUACAAAGAGACAUGUUAUAUAUAGUAUAUAAACAGGCAUAUAGAGCUUUCUUAAGAGGCCUGGACUUUUCUAUCACCUUGAGGUACAAUCACAAUUUUUAAUAUCCAAGGAAUUUCAUUGAAAGAAUUCAUUGUAUUUCAACAGAUAUUGAACUUAUUUUUUAAAUCCCUAUCCCCUUAACAGUUUCAUGUACCAAGCUAGAGUUGUUAAAAUGAAUUGCCACCUAUGUACUGCCUGCCCCUCUUUCUUGUCCAAAAGCAGCCACUACCAUGACCUCUCAUUUCUCCUGCACAAAGUGCUUACACCAAGUACAAUCAGAAUAGACAUCCCUCUAAAGCAGACAGUAGUAUGGAUUCUAGAAUACAGGGGUACCUGCUUCUAGAUCAGAAUCUGGAUUUGAAAUGAGAUAAAAAAAAUUUCGAUGCUUGAUUCUUUUGAUUUCCAUUUGGAUCACUGCUUUUAAGAAAAUAAAUAAAUAAAAUCUUAAAGGAAAAUGACUUAAUGUUCCUGGCCCAAAGCAAAAAUUGGUUCUUUUCUUUAGUUGUUACUGGGAACUCCAAAUUUUCUUAUUAUGUGGCAUCAAGUAAAUACAUGGACAAAACCUCUAGCCUUUAAAUGUAAAAAAAGAAAACUCUAAAUAAACUUUUUGGGUGUAGAAUGUAGAAAUAGUGAUGAGACACAUAUAAAGAAUUAAGGAAUUUCUUUUUCGUUCCUUAGUAUCUAAGUGAAUCAGAAACAAGCAAUCAUGCAUUUGGUCUGAGAAUAAGUCAGUUACCCUUAAACUUCCUGGAGUCCUGAAUCUCUUUUAGGAUCUGAUGAAAGCUCUGGGCCCUCCCCACAAUGGAAAAAAAAUGUAUACAAAUGAAAAGUUGCAAUAUAACUUUAUAAGGUUCCUGUACCCCUGGUUCCAUACUGAUGGAUUAUGAGGAAGAGGAACCAUGUUUGUUCAUAAUCAAUACAGUUGUAAUAAUAGGCACUUUACAUUUUGAGACCAAUUCUCUGUGAUUCUCAGGAAGGCCAAGUCUCAACACCAGAGUCAGAAUCGAGAUUUUGUAAUUUUUGUUCCUUAGAUUAGAUUUUGCUAGUCUGAUGUGUUUACUACAUCCUAAUAUAUUGAUUAUUUUAAGCGUGGAGCACACUCACAGAGCCAGAAGGCUCUCUGAGAAGGUCUGUUGAGCACUCUAAGAAGGAGGCAUAACCAUUACUCUUUGACCACAGAGCAGGACAUCACAGCACCUCCUGGGCCUUAUUCUGGACCAGACCGAAAGUGGGGGAAGGAAAUUAGGAGCUUGGGUGUUUCCAUUCAUUGCAAUUUCUGGACAGAACAGAACAGGACCCAGGAAACAAAGUACUUAACAGUCCUGACCUUGUGACGACCUGGUUUUUUGUUGUUGUUGUGCAUGAAAAUAAAGUUCUUACAUCUUUCGUGAUGUGUGUGAAAUGUAUAAACUAAAUUUAAAUGACUUUAAACACAAGCUGUGUAGCUUUCGUGAGCCAUUUCUUUCCUGUGCGCAUACACGUGUUACGUUUCUAUCCAUUCCUUUCUGUUUCUGGAUCCUGUGCCCACUGCCGUGGCAUCGAUUCUGUGGCCUCGUACAGUCAGCUUGUGUGCAGCUCAUUUAUUCCACCACAUCCCUGACCGAGAGGACGCUAAUUACCUGUCUCUGUGAAUUAAGCAGCUCAUGAGCAGCAAGCUAUUGGGGAACAUAAAUAAAGUCAUAGAGAACUCAAAGAAGUAAUGGCUUUGGUUUAAUCAUCUGCUUCUAAAGGUGCCAAUUUUUAUAUACUACUAUAUGUAAUGAUUCAUUCUAAAUUGCUUGGUCCUUUUGAAAAAAUUAAGGAUGUUUUAUGAAAAUGACUGUGGAAAUUUCUUGAUAAACCAACAUACCUUAUAUUUGUUGUGAGAAGUGCCCUCCUUAAUGGAUUUGAAUGAGGAGCUGGAAAGCUUGGGGAUAAUCAUCAUGGCUAGUUUGUGUGUUUCUCCGAGCCAGACCAUGUAUUACCGGUCAGAAUGCAGCACUUUAUAGAACUGGGUUUUUUUAAAUCCAGGCUUCUAGGUCUAACAUAUUAUUUAGCACUUUGAGAG